AUGUCUGACACCAGGAACAUCGUCGUCCUCGGUGCCUCCUUUGGUGGACUCAGCGCGGCCCACUACACAGUCCGACACAUCCUGCCAAAGCUCAAAGGCUCGAGCGAGAAAUACAUCCUCCAUCUCGUGGAUCAGUCGACGCACUUCUGGUGGCACCAUGGAGCCCCUCGGGCCAUCGUCUCCGUCAAGGAUAUGAAGCACAGCCAGUACUUUGCGCCCAUCAUGGAUGGUUUCUCGCAGUACUCGGAAUUCAAGGAUUCCAUUGUUUUCCACCAAGGCACCAUUACCAAUGUCGACAACAGCGCGCGGAUCGUUACUAUGCAGAAGGCUGAGGGUGGCGAGGAGACUUUGAGUUACUAUGCGCUCGUCAUUGGCACCGGAAUCAAGUCGCCAACGCCUCUCACUACCUACCAUGGCGACCAUACUGUCUCACAGAAAGCUCUCGAUGCCAUGAAUGAGAAGCUCGCAACGGCCAAAGAGGUUGUUGUGGGCGGCGGAGGCCCGUUGGGCGUGGAGAUUGCCGGAGAGCUGGGAUCGUACCUCAGUGGCAAGGCGAAAGUCACACUAAUCACCAGCAACGACAAGCUCUUCGACGUUCUGCGGAAGAGCCUUGCCGACAAGGCUCAGAAGCAGCUUGAGAAAGCUGGCGUGAAGGUGGUGUAUGGGGUCAGAGUCCUGGGAUCCGAAGAGGGCCCCGAUGGCAAGGCGAACGUCAAGCUCGACAACGGCGAGACUAUGUCAGUAGACGUCUACAUCCCAGCCGUGGGCGUCACGCCGAACACGGGCUUCCUACCGGAGAGCCUCAAGACCUCCAAAGGCUACGUCAAAGCCAACGCCAAGACCAUGCGCGUGGACGAAGCCGGCCCACAUGUCUACGCCGUUGGCGACGUUGCCGGCGUCAACAAAGGUGGUGUCAUGAACCUCUUCGACACCAUACCCGUCUUCGGCGCUAAUAUGUCCCACGACUUGCUCGCGGAGGCCAAAGCAGGCACUGUGGCCGAGAGACAGUACAAAAUGGGCAACCAAGAAACGCAGCUCGUGCCUGUGGGGAAGAAGACUGGCGUGGGUGCGUUCAAUGGCUGGAGCAUGCCUGCCUUUUUCGUUAGCCAGUUCAAAGGCAAAGACUAUAUGGUCGGCCAGAUGCCGCCGAUCACGCAGGGAACUAAGUGGUCGAAGGCUUGA